UGUACGAAUAAUUACAGAACCAAGCAUGGGCUUUCGUAUUACCGAAUUCCAAAGGACAAAAAAUUGCGAAGACAGUACAAGAUUCUAAUUCGUAAUGCAACAUUAAAACUCGACGCCGAUAAUACACGUAUUUGUGGAGAUCACUUCGAGGGUGGACAUAAGCGCAGCAGGCUUCAUUUACCGUCGAUUUUUCCAUGGUCUAAACAUGCGUCAACUAGGCGUGUUUUAAAGCGUGUUUCUCCGGAAACAUUGUCAAGAAAUCAAUGAUAUGUAAAAAAAAUCGAAGACUUGCAUCUCUUAACAAAGACCAUUCCGAAGACACUUUACCGGAAAGUGAUCUCUGUCAAACGGAGGAUGUGCUGCUCACCAGUGAUCAAGGUAUGCAAACGGAUUUUUAUGAACAAGUACAAAACAAAGAUGAAUCUUUGCAAACUGAACGUUAUGAAACGGUAAAAGUAAAUUUUGGCACCCAAACGGAAUUGCUUAGAUUUGACAUUAAUCAGUUCAAAGAUAAGGACUCAGACAUUGCUUUUUACACUGGAUUUCCCAAUUAUAAAACACUAAUGCUUUGCUUUGAUAUGGUGAAGGAUGCAGCGAAAAACAUAAGCUAUGGAAACUAUGAUCGAAAAUGUUUUGAUUGCCCCCCAGUUUGGCAACCAUGUCGACCAAGAAUUCUUACAACCUUUCAGGAGUUUGUUCUUGUGUUGAUGCGACUAAGGCUUGGCCUGUUUGAAAGAGAUUUGGCUCACAGAUUUGAAAUUUCCGAGUCAACAGUUUCUGUAAUGUUUAGAACAUGGAUUCGAUUUUUACGCCUUGAACUUCAGGAACUUAUUAUCACUCCACCACGAGAUGUUCUUCAGGAACAUAUGCCUAAACUUUUCAAGGAAUUUUAUCCCAAGACAGCUUUGAUUAUUGACUGCACUGAAAUACAAAUGGAGCGUCCAAGCUCGUCCAUCUGCGUUGGAUAA